CGGAACGCAAGGAAGAGGGGGGCGAGGAGAAAAAAAAGAGAGAUUAAUCUGUCAAAUUUGUGUUCGGGAUGAGACCGCUCUGACAUUCAGCCGUGCGGAAAAACAGAAAGCCCACAUGCGAAGACAUUUUAAUCACAGCAGUUGGGGAUCAAGCUGAUGCACCGCCAUAGCAGGUGGUGCUUGUAUAAUCGUCCGGGGUCUCGUCUUUGCUGCCUGAUCUGCGCGUCGCUUCAGCACUGGACAGCGACCAUCGGAAAACACUGAGGCGGGUCGGUGCGACCCUCGCUUGGCUCGGGGCAAUGCGCGGCUAGAUGACUUCACUACACGAACAAGCACCGCGGUAUCCUGGACUAAUAUAGCAGCGCCACAAUCCCCCCCCCCCCUCCAUCCUCUCUAUCUCUCUGUCUCUCUCUCUCUCUAUUUCUAUUCGCUGAUCCCAAAGGCACCAUGGGAAACCGUGGCAUGGAGGAUCUGAUCCCGCUGGUCAACAAGCUGCAGGAUGCCUUCAGCUACAUCGGCCAGGCGUGCAACCUGGACCUGCCGCAGAUCGCGGUGGUCGGCGGACAGAGUGCCGGGAAGAGCUCCGUGCUGGAGAACUUUGUAGGCAGGGACUUUCUGCCCCGUGGAUCUGGCAUUGUCACCCGCAGGCCCCUGGUUCUGCAGCUUAUCAGCGCCACUGCAGAAUGGGCUGAAUUCCUGCAUUGCAAAGGGAAGAAGUUCACAGACUUCGAUGAGGUCCGUCAGGAGAUCGAAGCAGAGACGGACCGCGCCGUCGGGGCCAACAAAGGCAUAUCCCCCAUCCCCAUCAACCUGCGGGUGUACUCCCCUCACGUGUUGAACCUGACCCUCAUCGAUCUGCCGGGGAUCACCAAGGUGCCGGUUGGUGACCAGCCGGUGGACAUCGAGCAGCAGAUCAGAGACAUGAUCAUGCAGUUCAUCACCAGAGAGAGCUGCCUGAUCCUGGCCGUCACCCCGGCCAACUCCGACCUGGCCAACUCCGACGCUCUCAAACUGGCAAAGGACGUCGAUCCACAGGGUCUGAGGACUAUUGGAGUAAUCACCAAGCUGGAUUUGAUGGAUGAGGGAACAGAUGCCCGAGAAGUACUGGAGAACAAGUUGCUGCCGCUGCGAAGAGGUUAUAUUGGAGUGGUGAACCGCAGUCAGAAGGACAUUGAUGGAAAGAAAGACAUCAAGGCAGCUCUGGAGGCCGAGAGGAAGUUCUUCUUGUCCCACCCGGCAUACAGGCACGUGGCUGAAAAAAUGGGCACCCCCCGGCUGCAGAGAGUGCUCAACGAGCAAUUGACCAACCACAUCCGGGACACCCUGCCAGCUUUCCGCAGCAAGCUGCAGUCCCAGCUGCUGGCUCUGGACAAGGAGGCAGAGGAAUACCGGGGAUACCGACCUGAUGACCCGUCCCGCAAAACCAAGCAGCUGUUGCAGAUGGUGCAGCAGUUCUCUGUGGACUUUGAGAAAAGGAUUGAGGGCUCAGGUGAUCAGGUGGACACAGUGGAGCUGUCUGGUGGAGCCAAAAUCAACCGCAUCUUCCACGAGCGCUUUCCCUUUGAGCUGGUCAAGAUGGAGUGUGAUGAGAAGGAGAUGCGUCGCGAGAUCAGUUAUGCCAUUAAGAACAUCCAUGGUAUCAGGACUGGACUCUUCACCCCAGACAUGGCGUUUGAGGCCAUUGUGAAGAAGCAGGUCAUGCAGCUGAAGGGGCCCUGCGUCAAGUGUGUGGACAUGGUUAUCCAGGAACUGAUUAACACCGUGCGCCAGUGCUCCAACAAGCUGGAAUGCUUCCCCAUGCUGCAAGAGGAAACUGAGAGGAUUGUGACUACUCAUAUCCGAGACAGAGAGGGUCGGGCCAAGGAUCAGGUUCUGCUGCUGAUAGACAUCCAGCUCUCAUACAUCAACACUAACCACGAAGACUUCAUUGGCUUUGCUAAUGCGCAGCAGAGGACUAGUCAGAGUAAUAAGAGCCAGAGUUCGGCUGUAAAUCAGGUCAUUCGCAAAGGCUGGCUGACCAUCAACAACAUCAGCAUCAUGAAGGGAGGAGCCAAGGAGUACUGGUUUGUGCUGACUGCCGAGAGCCUCUCCUGGUUCAAGGAUGAUGAGGAGAAGGAGAAGAAGUACAUGCUCCCUCUGGACAACCUGAAGGUCCGCGAUGUGGAGAAGAGUUUCUUGUCCAGCAAGCACAUAUUCUGUAUUUUCAACACGGAGUCCAGGAAUGUUUACAAGGACAAUCGCACCCUGGAGCUGGCCUGUGACUCACAGGAGGACGUGGACAGCUGGAAAUCCUCUCUCCUACGUGCCGGGGUCUAUCCUGAGAAAGUCAUGGCGGUUGAGAGUGAGUCCACCGCAGCCACGGAGAACUUCUCCAUGGACCCUCAGCUGGAGCGUAAAGUGGAAACCAUUCGUAACCUGGUGGACUCCUACAUGGCUAUUGUUAACAAGUGCAUCCGGGACCUCAUGCCCAAAACCAUCAUGCAUCUCAUGAUCAACAAUGUGAAGGACUUCAUCAACGCGGAGCUGCUGGCCCAGCUGUACUCUGCCGGGGACCAGAACACCCUGAUGGACGAGUCCCAGGAGCAGGCCCAGAGGAGGGACGAGGUGCUGAGGACCCACCAGGCCCUAAAGGAGGCCCUGGCCAUCAUCGGGGACAUCUCCACCACCACCUUCACCGUCCCCAUGCCUCCGCCUGUUGAUAACUCCUGGGUGGGAGGAGCAGGGGGUCGCAGCAGGUCUCCUCCAUCCAGCCCCACCUCCUCCAGGAGGAUGUCUUCAGGCCAGCGCCCGGCUCCACGAGGGGCCCCGCCACCACCAAACCGCCCAGGACCCCUGGGGCCCUUCAACAACACUGCUGAGAGCCCCCAGGCUCCCAGCCGCCCUAACAGGGCCCCUCCUAGCAUCCCCAGCCGGCGGCCCCCUCCAUCUCCUACAAGACAAGCCCCACCAUAAACAUCUAAAUGGGUUCCUCAUACACUUAUCUCCUUCCCUCAUCCACUCCAUCCUCUUCCUCCUUCUAUUAGCCAUGGCUCUGCUGACCUGGUCCCUCCUUUAGUGCAGACACUGACGUCUUUGACCCCUUUGACCCUCAAUUUCCUGCCAGGUGACGAUGUCCAUAUAUCUAUGUACAGUAUGGUACUUGUCUUGUGGUGUAUGUGUACGUGCGCUUGUUGCUCGCCUGUGGUCCAGGUUUGCUUAGCAGAUCCACUACCCGGUAUCAGUCCCUGGAAACCCCCCCCCCCCCCUUCUCCCCUCACAAUCCCCCACUUGCUGCUUCUACAUGACAAUACGCUCAGCAGUCGUACUGCCCUACUCAUUCCAAAAUGCAGCAUGGCACAUGAGCUGCUUUUAUUGCAUGGGAGUGUGUGUAUGUAGAGUGUGUGUGCGUGCGUUUCGUGUGUGUGUAUACGGGGCAGGGACUAAUUUGCCUAUAUGUAGGCUCGGGUAUGAUUUAGUAUUGUAUUAAUUUAUUGUAUAACGCCCCACCCUUCAGUGUUAAUUAUCAGCUCAAUGUUCUCUUAGGAACAGAAGGUAGUGUGUGUGCGUGUUUGUGCGCGAGUAAUCCUGUGUAUGAGUGUGUGUGAGGAUGCAUGUGCUGUCCGUCUGCACGUUCGUUGGCGUUUCAGUUGUAUUCGUUCUCAUGGUCAAAGCUGUUAAAUGACGAAUCAUAAACCCCCCCGGGGGUAAAUUUAAUGUUGGACUUUUGUGAGUUGUUCCUGUGUUGUAGUAGCAGCCAUACAUACAUAGCAAGGCUGAGGAGCACCUUCAGUAUUCUCUAUAUGGAAACAGCCUCAAUAAUGCAUUUAACCUCGUCAUAGGUGUCCACCUGUGCUGUAUCAAUGGUCAAGUUGUGACCCCUGCAGCCUUAAGCUCAGAUUCAGACGCUGACUCGUGGGGAGGAAAAACAAACUAAAAAAAGGCAAUUUCCUUCUCCUACGAACGAACAUGCAUUUACAUGUUUCCAUUUAGCCUUUUUCUCAGGUUUGAAACAUGCAACUCCAUGCCCAUCACAAACUAGCACUCUUUCUCUUUCCUCAAAUCUUCUAGCCUCUCUUAUUUCCUUUUCUCUCACAGCCAUCGAAAGCCAGUCAGCGUCUCAAUCCGAGCUUAAGGUGGUGUCGUGCUUCUCUGUCAGUUUGUUAUUGUGUAUGUGGGCCUAAACUGUGUUCUGAUGUAUAUAGGUAAUGAUAAGGAGAUACUGUACCUGUGGACUAUUAAGACCUCAUCAAGGAUCCUAGCGCUUUAAUCGUUCUCUGUGUCUCUAUUCACUAAAUGCUCUCUUCUCUCGAAUUUAGACUGCCUUACCGGCAUGAAAUAAAAUUCUAUAUUGCCAAAGCUAAAUGUAGAAAGAGAAUUGAAAAAAAGAAAGAAGAAGAAUCUGCAGAAGACCAACAUCGAAACGGUUCCAGUUGUAGAGAGUGUGAUGGCUUUGUUUAGCAGAGGGCAUAAUGGUAAACUGGAGAAUGCAUCAGUUGUUCUUUUCUGUGUCUCUGUAUCGCUCCUCAAUAAACUUCUUCCUCAUAAUGUC